AUGUCUUUCCAUCUCUCCGCCGAAGAAAUCCGCAUCGAUGAUAACCACAUUCUCAGAGCCCGUCUCAGAAACGAGAACGGUGACUGGGAGGAUGCUGAGAUCGAUCUCAACCAACAUCUUGGAAACCAAGAGGGUAUGAUCCACUGGGAUGGUGAAAACUUCUCCCACAGCGCUGAGAACGUCACCUUCUCCAUCGAGGGUGGUGGAGAAGUUCCAGUUCUCCGCACCUUCCUCCGCAGUAGCGAUGGUGAAGAGUUCAGCCGUGAUGUCAACCUCGCUGAGCGUAUUGAGAACAUCAACGGUCGAUUUGAAUAUAUCCGUUAA